UACUUUAAUUGUAUAGGUUUUUGUUUUUGCUAAUAAUUUGAAUAUAUAAUGUUUCCUCCUAUGAAUUUCAGCGGGUUUUUUGGGGUGUUGGUUUACCAGACAGCCUCCGUGUGCGGUGGGCCACAUGGUGUUAGAUAACCGGCUUCAAGACAAGCGCCAGUUAACUGCUAGCCAGCUAAUCCACCGCCAGUUAGCUAUGUAGCUAACAACGUUAAGCAGAAGACGGUAGUGAAAGCAGCCGUUGGAAUGUCAGCUGCAAACGACAACGGAGCUCGACUCACCCAGUUCAAAAACAAAGGCAAAGAUGCCAAUGAGCUUAGGCGCAGGAGAGCGGAAGUAAACGUGGAGCUCCGCAAAGCAAAGAAAGAUGAUCAGAUCCUGAAGAGGAGAAACGUCCAGAGCCUUUUGGACGAGCCAGCCUCCCCUCUCCAAGAGAAAGAUCCCAACGCACAGCCUCCUCAGCACUGGUCUGUUGAGGAGAUUCUAGCAGGUGUAAACAGCCAGAAUCUAGAUCAUCAGCUACAGGCAACGCAGGCGGCCAGGAGGCUCCUCUCCAGAGAAAAGCACCCACCUAUUGACAACAUAAUUGCUGCUGGCCUCAUCAAAAGGUUUGUUGGGUUUCUGGCAUUGUCUGAAUGCCCCCCCAUCCAAUUUGAGGCAGCUUGGGCCCUGACCAACAUCGCCUCAGGUACCUCAGACCAGACCACCGCUGUAGUAGAAGGAGGGGCCAUCCCAGCCUUCAUCACCCUGGUAACAUCACCCCACCCGCACAUCAGCGAGCAGGCCAUUUGGGCUCUGGGUAACAUCGCAGGUGAUGGAUCCAGCUACAGAGACCUAGUGAUCAAGCAUGGUGGUCUCCAGCCACUCCUAGCCUUGCUGGCUGCUCCUGAUCUGUCUGUGUUUCCUUCUAGCUACCUGCGCAACGUCACCUGGACGCUGUCCAACCUGUGUCGGAACAAAAACCCGGCACCUCCUUUGACAGCAGUGCAGCAGCUGCUUCCAGCCCUGGUGCGCCUCCUGCACCACGACGACAGGGAGAUUCUAGCCGACACGUGUUGGGCCGUGUCCUACCUGACCGAUGGAUCCAAUGAGAGGAUAGAAGUGGUAGUGCAGGCUGGCCUGGUGCCCCGCCUGGUCCAGCUGCUAGCCUGUGGGGAGCUCUCCAUUGUGACCCCAGCUCUGCGGUCACUUGGAAACAUUGUGACUGGGACGGAUGAGCAGACCCAGCACGUCCUGAAUGCUGGUGUCCUGGCAAUGUUACCUGGCCUGCUGCGCAGCCACAAGCCCAAUAUCCAGAAAGAGGCAGCCUGGACAGUGUCUAAUAUCACUGCUGGCAAGGAAACCCAGAUCCAGGAGGUUAUCAAUGCAGGCCUGAUGCCCAUCCUGGUGGAGGUCCUCCAACAGGGAGACUACAAGACCCAGAAGGAGGCAGUGUGGGCUGUCACCAAUUAUACUAGUGGUGGAACUGUGGAGCAAGUGGCCUAUCUGGUCCAUUGCAAUGUGCUCGGGCCUCUGAUCCACCUGCUGACAGCCAAAGACAGCAAAAUCAUAUUGGUCAUCCUGGAUGCUAUCUACAAUAUUUUACAGAUGGCAUGCAAAACUGGUGAGAUUGAGAAACUGUGCAUAAUGAUUGAGGAGUUGGGUGGUUUGGACAAGAUUGAAGCACUGCAGUCCCAUGACAACGAAGCCGUCUACAAGUCCUCUCUCAACAUCAUAGACAGAUUCUUCUCUGAAGAGAAUGAAGAUGAUGAGUCUGUGGUUCCUGAAGCCACGGCAGACUGCUAUACCUUCCAGAUCCCUGAAGACCAAAGCACUUUCCAGUUUUAACAUGUCAGCAUGCUCUUUGUAAAAAUUCUUAUCUUGUUGAUAUUUUUGUAUUUUUUUUAGAGAUUUCCUUGUACAGAACAGUACAACAAAAUAUUCCUGUUCUAAAGAAUAUUUGUAAAUAAAUUCUAUUAAUGCAUUAUGUUUUUUUUCUGUGAUGGUUUUCAGAUAUAGGUAGGCUAUGAACAACGAAACUUUAUUGAUUUUAUUUGGUGAAAAGAUGUGAAGGAGAUGAGAUGUUAAGAAAGGGGUUAUAAGGAUUUGGGGAAUGGGAGAUGAUUCUGUAUCCAUGUCACCACUAGGUGACACUGUGCGUAUUCUCUGCUUGUGACCUUAACUGUAUAGACUGUGUUGUCUAUAGUACAUUGUAAAACUAUUUUAUGAAUGAAAUGUGUUUCAAUGCAUUCACAGUUUAUUACAGUUUAAGACCAUGUUGACUCAGGAAGGAGCAGAAAUGUUAGUCACUGUACUCAUUACACCUGCAUCUGCUGUAUCUUCCUUCAGAAAAAAAUAUUAUGCUUACUGGGGCUGAUUAGUUGCGUGUGGCCAACCCUAAGUAUAAGCUGGCCAUAUGAUUUGAUUUGAUAUGUGAUUGUGACUUGAUUUUUCUAUAAUGUAAAGGAGAAACAUUAAAUUUCACGUUCACCUUU